AUGUAUCACGCUAACUCUAUUAGAAUCCUGACUGGCAACAGUCACCCCGAGCUCGCCCAAUCUGUGGCUGAGCGACUCGGUGUCCCCCUUGUGUCCACCACAGUCAGGAACUUCUCCAACGGGGAGGUCGAUGUCAAAAUCACCGAAUCAGUUCGAGAUGAAGACGUCUUCAUCAUCCAGUCCGGGUGCAAGGACGUCAACGACAACCUCAUGGAGCUCCUCAUCCUCAUAUCAGCGUGUAGAACAGCUUCUGCUCGCCGCAUCACUGCUGUCAUUCCGUGCUACCCGUACGCAAGAAUGGACAAGAAGGAUAAAUCUCGGGCACCAAUCACGGCGAAGCUAGUGGCAAAUAUGCUUGUCGUAGCCGGAUGCGACCACGUUAUUACCAUGGACCUACAUGCCAGCCAGAUCCAGGGAUUUUUCGACAUCCCUGUUGAUAACCUGUGGUCGGAGCCCCUGAUGCUCUCAUAUAUCAGACAUCGCAUACCUGGCUGGCAGGAUGGCAUCAUCGUCAGUCCGGACGCUGGCGGUGCAAAACGAGUCACCGCCAUCGCGGACAAGCUGAAUGUAGAAUUCGCCUUAAUCCACCGGAAGCGGGACGGGAAGUCAGAAGAUGCUCCGGAGCGCAUGGAACUUCUUGUUGGGGAUGUCAAGGAUAAGGUCGCCAUCUUGGUUGAUGAUAUGAUUGAUACUGGGAAGACUCUUAUCCUUGCUGUCCGGACUCUAAAAGAAAAAGGUGCCAAGGCCGUUUAUGCCGUUGUUUCUCAUGGUCUUUUCUCUGAAGCAAACAUGAGCGUGUUAGAGGAACUACCUAUCGAGCAACUCGUGGUCACCAACACCAUUCCUCAAACUCAACACCAAAAUGCCUGCUCAAAAUUAUUGACCAUAGAUAUCAGCCCGACUUUGGCCGAGUCAAUUCGCAGGACCCACAACGGGGAAAGUAUUAGCUUAUUAUUCGGAGAAUGGGCAGAGCAGGGAAACAUCACUGUACUAUAG